CUGCAUAGCUCUCUGUUAAACCCUGCAUACACGACAUAGCUCUCUGUUAAGGAAACACGAUAAAAAUUCUAAACCCUGCGUAGCUCUUUGUUAAACCCUACAUAGGUUUCAGUUAAGCGAGUUGGUGUUGUGCCCUGCGUUUCAUCUUUCCCUUCUUCACCAUUCCAAAAUGAGGAGAGCGAACCCACUCCUCCGCAAACUACCACCGCACUUCCUCACACGGCGCGGCUUCCGUUUUCGCACCAUUUGCUCCGGCCGCCUAGGCUCCGCCGGCGCCACCACCACCACAAAACACCUCGACAUCUUCACGGAGCAAUUUGAAAUCGGCUCGCGCGUGAUCACGCUCGAGACAGGAAAGUUCGCCCGCUUCGCAAACGGCGCCGUCGUUUUGACCAUGGAAAACACUAACGUUCUCUCGACCGUCGCCUCCGCGAAAGGUGACGCUGUUCGCGAUUUCUUACCUCUCACGGUGGAUUAUCAUGAGAAGCAGUUCGCGCAAGGCGUGAUUCCGACGUCGUUCGCGCGGAGAGAAGGUCCUCCCAAAGAGCGCGAGCUCUUGUGUGGGCGAAUCAUUGACCGGCCAAUUCGACCUCUGUUUCCUCCUGGAUUUUACCACGAGGUUCAGGUAACGGCAAGUGUUCUUUCUUCUGAUGGAAAACAUGAUCCAGAUGUAUUGGCAGCUAAUGCAACAUCGGCUGCUUUAAUGUUAUCAGAUAUUCCUUGGGGCGGUCCCAUUGGAGUGGUUCGAAUUGGUAGGAUAUGUGGGAAGUUUAUAGUAAAUCCCACCAUGGAUGAGCUUAAAUUGAGUGAUCUUAACUUGGUAUAUGCUUGUACAAUGGACAAAACUUUGAUGAUUGAUGUGCAAGCUUCUGAGAUAUCAGAGAAAGACUUAGAAGCUGGGCUAAGGAUGGCUCAUCCAGAGGCAGUCAAGUAUAUUGAACCUCAAAUCAGACUUGCUGCUAAAGCUGGUAAAUCUAAGAAGGAAUACAAAUUAUCUAUGCUGUCUGACAAAACAAUGGAUAAAGUUACUAAUAUAGCAGAGGAACCUAUCAAAGCUGUUUUUACUGAUCCUACCUAUGGGAAGUUUGAACGUGGGGAAGCAUUGGACAAUAUUACACAAGAUGUAAAGAGAGUGCUUGAAGAAGAAGGUGAUGAAGAAAGCUUAAAAGUAUUAUCAAAGGCUGUAGAUACCGUAAGGAAGAAGGUGGUUCGUAAAAGAAUUAUUGCAGAAGGACACAGGGUUGAUGGAAGACAGCUAGAUGAAGUAAGACCUUUGUAUUGUGAAGCUGGAUGUAUAUCCAUGUUGCAUGGAUCUGCAUUAUUCUCCCGUGGAGAAACACAGGUUUUUUGUACAGUAACACUUGGAGCACCGACUGAUGCUCAACGCUUGGAGUCUGUUGUCGGUCCUCCGACAAAGAGAUUUAUGCUUCAUUAUAGUUUUCCACCAUUCUGUAUAAAUGAAGUUGGUAAACAUGGUGGUGUAAACAGGCGUGAAGUUGGUCAUGGAACUCUUGCUGAGAAAUCUUUUCUUGCUGUUUUGCCCCCUAAAGAAGAUUUUCCGUAUACCAUUCGUGUCAACUCUGAAGUGAUGGCUUCAGAUGGUUCAACAUCAAUGGCAACUGUAUGUGGAGGUAGUAUGGCUUUGAUGGAGGCUGGCAUUCCUGUACGUGAACAUGUUGCCGGGGUUUCUGUGGGUCUUGUUAGUAAGCUUGAUCCAUCUACUGGCAAAAUAGAAGACUAUCGCAUAUUGACUGAUAUUCUGGGUUUGGAAGACCAUUUGGGUGAUAUAGACUUCAAAAUUGCUGGAACUCGGAAAGGAGUUACUGCUUGUCAGUUGGAUAUAAAACCAGCUGGAAUUCCUUUGGAUAUCGUUUGUGAAUGUUUAGAACCUGCACGCAAAGCUCGUCUUCUCAUUCUUGAACGCAUGGAACAAGAAAUUAGUAUACCUCGCAACAAGAAUGACAAUACUUCUCCACGACUAGCCACCUUAAAGUACAACAAUGAUGCUAUUCGUCGCCUAAUUGGGCCAAUGGGCGCUCUAAAGAGAAAAAUGGAAGAGGAAACAGGUGCACGAAUGUCUGUAGGCGAUGGAGAACUUACAAUAGUUGCUAAGAAUCAAUCUGUUAUGGACAAAAUACUAGAAAAGAUUGAUUUUGUUGUGGGUCGUGAAAUUGAAGUUGGAGGUAUCUACACAGGUAUUGUCAGCAACAUAAAAGAAUACGGCGCUUUUGUGGAGUUUAACGGUGGCCAGCAAGGCCUACUCCACAUUUCUGAGUUGUCAUAUGAACCUGUUUCUCGAGUUUCAGAGGUUGUCUCUGUUGGCCAGAAGCUUUCUUUGAUGUGCAUAGGCCAAGAUGUUCAUGGUAACAUCAAAUUAUCCCUUAAAGCAACUUUGUCUCGUCCUGGAAGAUUGAAGAGUAAUGAUGUAAUUGAAGGAUCUGUUACGUCCGCAAAAGAAACAGAUGGGAAUGCGUCUAGUGUACAAGAACAAAAUUCUGCUUCUGAGUUGUCUUUGGGUGAAGCAAAAUCCUCAACCUCCCAAGUUCCAGUAAUUUUAAUACGUAGUGCUGCAGAGUGUGAUGAAGAGGAGAAAUCUUCUACCUCAAAUCCUUCUUCCAAAGCUCCUUGUGUAGAUAAUGGGGUCCAAUUGAAUCGCAAGUCAAAAUCACGACCAUCUCAAAAUGCAAAUGAUUCUACACCGAAAUCAAAAUCUCGUAAAUCUCAAGAUGUUAUCGAUUCUUCAACUUCUCAUUCAGGUCCCUUGCCAUAUACUAAUGCUAAGAAGACAAAACUUUCAAUGCAAAAAGAGUCAAAAUCUGAACUUCAAAAGCAAGAGGAGGGUGAACAAGAAUAUAAAGAUAAGGUGUCUGUAACUGCAAAAGAUGUUGAAGUUGGAACCAAAGUAACUGCUAAAAUAUAUCAAAUUCGUGCACAUGGGUUAGUGUUGGAUUUGGGUGGAGGAGUUCGAGGAGUGUACCGGUUUGAGGAAAAUAAGAGUAUGGAUUUUAAAAUAGGCGAUGAGAUCCCAGUUGUGUGCUCAAGCUUUUCUAGCAAGGGAAUUCCUGUAUUGUCUUUAGUUGAUGAUAAAUAACUUCCCUGUUGAUCGUUUAUGAGAGAGCCCAUAAAGUUACCCUGCCAUGGCUUGGAAAACAUCUUCAACCCGUGUAAGCAACCAUUGGUUUUAUUGCAGUUUUUCGUGCUGAAACAUUUUUACAAUUUUUUUGUAUUAAUGCAUGAGGUCAUUGGCGGUGGAUUUCAUUCAUUGCGUUUUCAUUGUGUUAGAGUGUUUAGGCAAUUUCUUUUUGGUAUAAAAGUAAAAGAAGUAGAGUUUUGUUGUAAGAAAAUACAAUGUUAAAGUUACGAGAUAAAAAGAUCCAUGAAUGUAAUGUUAUGAUUCUGAUUAUUCUUUGUUAAA